AUGAGACAAAAUAUAUUUACUAAUAAUCAAAGACCACCAAGUACAAUCAAAGAUAAAAUGUAAUAAUAAGUAUUGCCCAAUUAUCCAUUAUUACUUAAUAAAACCUAGUCAACACCCACUCAAGAAAUCAAAUCCAAUUAUCCUUUCUCCUCAUAUGGAACAUCCACAUUAAAUACCUUAUCAUAAUAAGUAAGUUGUUAUUAUUUAUAUGACUAGGCAAGUGCAAUUGAAUAUAACAAUUAAAAACAAUAUCCAUCUUAAAUCAACUAUUAACAAUAAUAAAGUGGUAUGACUACUUCCCUAUCAACUACUCAAAAGACCCCUUCAACAAUUUCAACUAUGACAUAAUCUCAACCAGAAUAAUAUUAAUAAAAAUCUAUGAUUAAUGUCAGCAAAGGCAUAUGCGGUUUAAGAAAUAUUGGCAAUACAUGCUUCAUGUAAUUAUAUUAAAUUACAUUCAGGAAUUCAGUUUUGCAAUGUUUACUUAAUGUUCCUGCUUUUAAUGAACAUUUUUUAAAUGGUGACUACUUAAAAGACUUAAAUUCAAAAAACAGCUCUGUUCCCAAUGAGUACAGUAAAUUAGUAGCCGCGAUAAGAAACACUCCCAAUUUUCAAUCUAUUGCUCCAUAUGGAAUCAAAUCAGCAGUUGGUAACUCUUUUUUGUUUAUUUUUAAUAGAAAUUGUAAUGCCUUGUUUUAAAGGUUAUGCUCAAUAAGAUGCCCAAGAAUUUUUGGUUGGACUUUUAGAUGGUCUAAGUCUUGGCUUAAAUAGAGUAAAGAACAAACCCCUUUAUAAAGAAAUGAAUGAUAAUCUUAAUGGAAGAACAUUAUAAGAUUUAGUAAUUCUUAUUUUAUUAUAUUUUAGAGUAAAGAAUGGUGGGAUUAUUCAAAAAGCAGAGAAAAUAGUUUAGUUCUAGAUUAUUUUUAAGGAUAACUCUUACAUUCUAUUAAAUGUUGUAUUUGUAGCAAUAGUUCAUAUGCAUUCGACACUUUCUAAGAUACAUCCUUAGCAUUUACAAGAGCAUUUAAAAUAUUGGAAGAUAUGGAUUUAGAUAGAUUAUUAGAUAAAUAUGUAAUAGAAGAAACAAUAGAUGAUUAUUAUUGUUCAAAAUGGUAUUUAAUUUAUCGUUAUUGUAUGUUGAAGCAAAAAGCAUUAAAAAGUAAAACGCAAAUUUACAAUUUGGAGAUUACCUCAUAUUUUAAUGUUUCAUAUCAAAAGAUUUGAUUAUAGAAGAUUUUCAAGUGACAAAUUAAAUCAUAGAGUCAAAUUUCCAUUAGAACUAGAUAUGACAAAAUUCAUUUAGGAUUCACGUAAGACAUUCUUAAUUUUAGUCGACUAGUCUACCAAAAACUGCUAAUAUUCUUUAUGUGGAAUAGUAAAUCAUAGUGGAACUUUGUAUGGAGGACACUACACAGCGUAAUUAUUAUUUAUAUAUUAAUAAAGUGAUAGUAAGAAUCCAUAUAAUUAAAAAUGGUAUCGAUAUAAUGAUUCUGAUGUUAGAGAAAUUGAUAUAAAGCAAUAAAGAUAUGAUACAGAUGGUAGUAGCAGUCCAUAUAUACUUUUAUAUGCAAGAAAGUCACUUUAUUGA